AUGUCGCAUCCCGAUCUCUACCGUUCAGGAAACACGACUUCACCACGGUUCGACAACGUCCGGGAGGGAACCGACAUUCCAGUUGUGAAUGGGCUGGUCUCACCCAACACAGGUGGCAUUUCGACAUUCUCACAGAAGCAAGCCAGCUGGACGGACAACAGAACGUGGAUCUUGAGAAGGACUGUCUCCUUGGGCACGCAGCUCGUCGCUAGGAAUGACCGCGGCCAGCAUUGGAGCAUCGAGCCAAAGCAGGAAAUGACACUUACGGCUUACAAGUCGCAACUCCAACAGCUGAAUACGAAGGCAGUGCGGUACGACCAGCAAGCUACGUCAGACGUUCAGACCGAGGCUACGGAGCUCGCCCUGCCAAGGCAAUCGAGCCAUAGCGACAAAGCGACACGCUUCAUCUUCAAUGCGCUGGCUUCUGUUGUCCACAAUCACAUACCAGUCCCCAAGGUCCCUGACUGGGAUGAGAACGAUUAUUCCUACCUCGCAGUCCUUGCCCAAUCUCUCGAGGACGGCAGCCUUCCCUUGUCUGAUCUAGUUUGGGACCCAGAAGACGUACUGAAGAAGGAAAAGGUAUUUACCGCUGCUGCCGUGUCGGCAUACAUGACGAAGGAAGAGAACGCCAGAAAGGGGAAGGGAAACGAGAACGACGAGGCCGAUCUAGACAACGAUCACGCGCUCUUGCGCACGGUGCUUAAGUUCGACGACGCGAAAAAUCCGCUUGCCGAGAAGUAUGCUUAA